CUUAUCCUAGAGAAGCAGUUCAACCUCUCCGAUUUGUCUACGUUUGCCUAUAAAUCGACCCAUCCGUGUCGCAAACUGGGCCAAUAUUCUUCUUCUGUUUCUGUUCCGCUUUCCUUUUCGAUUUCUGCAGGUUUCUACCUAAAUUAUUGGUCUCUGGUCUCGCUUCCUCCCUCCGAUCGCUCGUCGUCGUCAUCUCCCCCGUCUUCUUCUUGGAGGGUUUCGAGGUGGAGACGGCGCAAGACGAUGUCAUCUCUCAGUAGAGAGCUGGUGUUUCUGAUACUGCAGUUCCUCGAUGAGGAGAAGUUUAAAGAAACAGUUCACAAGCUUGAGCAGGACUCUGGCUUCUAUUUCAAUAUGAAGUAUUUUGAGGAUGAGGUGCAUAAUGGAAAUUGGGAUAACGUUGAGCGUUACCUCUCUGGCUUUACCAAGGUUGAUGACAACCGGUACUCCAUGAAGAUAUUUUUUGAAAUCCGGAAGCAGAAGUACCUUGAAGCAUUGGACAAACAUGACCGAGCAAAAGCUGUUGAAAUCCUUGUGAAGGAUUUGAAGGUCUUUGCCUCGUUCAACGAGGAAUUAUUUAAGGAAAUCACACAACUUUUAACUUUGGAGAAUUUCAGGGAAAAUGAGCAACUUUCGAAGUAUGGGGAUACAAAAUCAGCUCGGACAAUAAUGCUUGUUGAGCUUAAGAAGCUGAUUGAAGCAAACCCACUAUUCCGAGAUAAACUGCAGUUGCCGAACCUAAAGAGUUCUAGAUUGCGCACUUUAAUUAACCAGAGUUUAAACUGGCAGCAUCAGCUAUGCAAAAACCCUAGGCCAAAUCCAGACAUUAAAACUUUAUUUGUUGAUCAUUCAUGUGGACAACCAAACGGUGCACUUGCACCAUCACCAGCAAACAGUCCACUGCUUGGAUCCAUGCCGAAAGCAGGAGGUUUUCCUCCAUUGGGUGCUCAUGGGCCUUUUCAACCUGCACCAGCACCAGUUCCUACGCCCCUUGCUGGCUGGAUGUCUAAUCCUCCAGCUGUUGCUGGUGGAGCUAUUGGACUCAGUGCACCUACAAAUCCUGUUGCAAUUUUGAAGCAUCCGAGGACUCCUCCGACAGCCAACCCUUCUAUCGAGUAUGGAGAUUCUGAUCAUGUGCCAAAACGAACAAGGCCUCUUGGAAUAUCUGAUGAGGUAAACCUGCCUGUGAAUAUACUGCCAGUUUCCUAUCCUCAAAAUCAUAACCAGGCUAUGUACACCCUGGAGGACUUGCCAAAGAUGGUUGCACGAACGCUGAGUCAAGGCUCAAACCCCAUGAGCAUGGAUUUUCAUCCAAUCCAGCAGACUAUUCUUCUUGUUGGUACAAAUGUGGGUGACAUCGCAUUAUGGGAUGUAGGCUCUAGGGAGAGGUUAAUCCUUACGAACUUUAAGGUUUGGGAAAUUGGAUCUUGCUCCAUGUCCCUUCAGGCUUCUUUGGUUAAGGAUCCUGCUGUGUCAGUUAAUCGCAUCAUAUGGAGCCCAGAUGGCUCCUUGUUUGGUAAGCUUGUAAAAACAAGUAUUUUUUGUUUUGUAUCUUAUAUACUAAUUCCAUGCACCAAGAAAAUAGAAGACUAUCAGGGACUUGUCACAGUAAUCCUUCCUCAACAUUGUGUAGGUGUUGCUUAUUCAAGGCACAUUGUCCAAAUAUUUUCUUAUCAUGGUGCUGAUGAUAUCAGACAGCACUUGGAGAUUGAUGCUCAUACUGGCGGUGUCAAUGAUGUUGCAUUUGCUCAUCCUAAUAAACAGCUUUCAAUUAUAACCUGUGGAGAUGACAAAACAAUUAAGGUGUGGGAUGCAACUAGUGGCACAAAACAUUACACCUUUGAGGGGCAUGAAUCACCUGUUUAUUCUGUUUGCCCACAUCACAAGGAGAACAUUCAGUUCAUCUUUUCAACAGCAUUAGAUGGAAAAAUAAAAGCAUGGUUGUAUGACAAUUUAGGAUCGAGGGUGGAUUAUGAUGCUCCUGGACAUUGGUGUACCACAAUGGCCUAUAGUGCUGAUGGUUCGAGGCUCUUUUCAUGUGGGACCAGUAAAGAAGGGGAAACGUUCAUUGUGGAGUGGAAUGAAAGUGAAGGAGCCGUGAAGAGGACAUACCAAGGAUUUCGAAAACGUUCCCUAGGUGUUGUGCAAUUUGAUACCACACGAAAUCGGUUUUUGGCUGCUGGCGAUGAAUUUCUGAUUAAGUUCUGGGAUAUGGAUAAUACUAGUCUAUUAACAACGAUUGAUGCUGAUGGUGGCCUACCAGCAAGUCCAAGGAUACGGUUUAACAAGGAGGGAACACUAUUGGCUGUCUCUACACAUGAUAAUGGAAUUAAAAUUUUGGCAAAUUCUGAUGGGCUUCGUCUGUUGCGCACACUUGAAAAUCAUUCUUUUGAUACUUCCAGAACUGUUUCAGAGACAGUAACAAAGCCGAUAAUAAGCCCAUUGUCUGCUGCUGCUGUUGCAACGACUUCUGGAAUAACUGAUAGAACUGCUCUACCACCUAUGGCGAUAGCUGGAAUGAGCGGUGAUUGCAGAAACUUGGUGGAUGUAAAACCUAAAAUUGCUGAUGAAUCGAUGGACAAAUCAAAGAUCUGGAUACUUUCUGAACUUAAUGAACCAACUCAGUGUCGAUCUUUAAGGCUUGUGGAUAAUCUUAGAACAAGCAAGAUUUCAAGACUGAUUUACACCAAUUCUGGCUUUGCCAUCUUGGCUUUAGCAUCAAAUGCAAUUCAUCUCCUCUGGAAGUGGCCUCGAAAUGAACGCAAUUCAAGUGGAAAGGCAACUGCAAGUGUUGCCCCUCAACUGUGGCAACCACCAAGUGGUAUAUUGAUGACUAAUGAUAUAACUGACACAAAUCCUGAAGAACCAGUCCACUGCUUUGCAUUGUCGAAGAAUGAUUCUUACGUCAUGUCAGCUUCAGGAGGGAAAAUAUCCCUAUUCAACAUGAUGACAUUUAAGACUAUGACGACAUUCAUGCCCCCCCCACCUGCAGCAACUUUUCUUGCAUUUCAUCCUCAAGACAAUAAUAUAAUUGCUAUAGGAAUGGAUGAUUCUACAAUUCAAACCUACAAUGUCCGUGUUGAUGAGGUUAAGAGUAAACUUAGAGGCCACUCAAAGAGAAUUACUGGCCUUGCCUUCUCAAAUGUUCUAAAUGUGCUGGUUUCAUCUGGAGCUGAUGCUCAGCUUUGUGUGUGGGGAACUGACGGAUGGGAGAAACAGAGAAGCAGAUUUUUGCAAAUUCCCUCUGGGUAUACUCCAUCAACGAUCUCAGACACACGUGUGCAGUUCCAUCAAGAUCAAAAACACUUCCUAGUUGUGCAUGAGACCCAGAUUGCUAUAUUUGAGACAACUAAACUAGAAUGCAUGAAGCAGUGGGCUCCUCGUGAUGGUUCUGCGCCCAUAUCUCAUGCAACAUUGUCUUGUGACAGUCAGUUGAUAUAUGUUAGUUUCUUGGAUGCCACUGUAUGUAUAUUCAAUGCCAUGAACCUGAGGCUCAGAUGUCGGAUCCUUCCUGCUGCUUAUCUCCCUCCCAGUGUCAGCACAACUGUGUACCCAGUCGUGAUUGCCGCACAUCCUUCAGAGCCAAACCAAUUUGCCUUGGGUCUGACAGAUGGCGGUGUACAUGUAUUAGAGCCACUGGAAUCUGAAGGGAAAUGGGGUGUCAGUCCACCUGCUGAGAAUGGAUCAGCGAGCAACAUGUCGACACCGCCCCCUGCAGGAGCUGCCUCUAGUUCAGAUCAACCACAGAGGUGAUCGAUAGUAUUGCAACCACAGUAUCUAACCCCUUUGCUCCCUCUGUCAUAAUUCUUAAUGGUUGAGUGGCCGAGUCAGGGCAUGCAGUCUCAGAUAGGUUUAGAAAGCUAGAACCUAAAAAAUUAGCCAAGGGUUUUCUCCAUUAGGGUUUAUGUUGUUCUGCAUGUUGGAAUAGAAUUACACCAUGACAGCAUUAGAUUAUAUUCCUUGCUUGUUCGGAGAAGGCUGUCUUUUUCGUGGAUCAAUCAGAAUGCAGAAAUGUGAAGUUUGUUUGAACUGCAAUUUAUCAACAUGAAAUAUUUGCCACUCUUGUUUUAUUACAGAUUUUUCUUUUACUUUAUCUAUGAUUAGAGCAAAAUAGAAUU